CAUAAAACCAUCCGCAUUCUCUCCUCUACAUCAUCGUCAAGGCUCUUUCUCAUACCCGAAAACGAAAAAGAACCAGCAUCACCAUGAUUUCCGCUACCAUCAUCUCCUUCCUCCAGCUCUGGCUCGCAUCGCUUGCCUUUGCUGCCCCUCUCGCCGAAGGAGGGGUCGAGGCGACCAAGGCCAACCCGUGGCAGUACGGCACCGGCGGUGGAAUCAUCGGCUUCAUCGUCCUCGUUCUUGACAUUCUUGUCUGGAUCGAAGUCCUCCAGUCGAACCGUCCCCCCAUGCACAAGCUUCUUUGGUGCCUCGUCGUCUUCAUCUUCCCCAUCGUCGGCAUGAUCAUCUACUGGUUGUUCUCGAACCGCAAGGAGCACCAGCGAGGUGCUGGAUACCAGCCUGUUGGCUAAAUGCUGUACCUUUGGUCACCUUCGUUUGCCUGGCAAGGAUACGAGUUAUGAGCUUAGCAUGGCACGAGGGAAAGCGAUCAGGGUCAGAUCGAUAACGAGAGAUGAGAUGAUUUUCGAGGACUGGUUGAUUAUUCGGCGUUGGGAUCGAGUAGCAGGCGGAAUACGGAACACCAAGACUGGCACCCUUCUUUCAGGACAGUGAAAUUAACCUAUUAAAACAUCGUGUUUACCACUA